CUAUUAAUAAAGCUUUAUAUCAACUUGAAAAAAAAUAUCAAAGCUUAAGUGAUUGUGUGUCAAAAGCUAUAUUUCUAUAUAAAAUUGAAGCUUUAGCUACUAAAGAAAAUAUAUUUCCAAAAGCGUUAUUAUAUAUUGAAUCUGAAAAACAAAUAUCUAUUAAAUAA